CGAACGCGCCGCGACAUUCACCUUCACGACCGCGCUUGUGUCAGGCACACUGCUCAACCCGUGGAUGCACCGCAACCGACACCGUCGAGUACCGGAGUUUAUGCGCACACUGAAUCAUGGCGCCCAGCAAACCACGAGAACCUUCCAUUGAGCGCACUGAGGAAUACGACAAGUUUAUUGAGGAGCUGCAAGCUUAUCACGACAAGAGAGGGACAUAUCUCGACCGUGAGCCCAAGGUUGCCAAUCAGCACGUCGACUUAUUGCGCUUGUACAAGCGCGUAAAUGAGGAAGGCGGAUACGACAAGGUCUCAGAUACGAAGAACAACAAGCUUGCGUGGAGGAGAUUAGCAGCAGACUUCCUGCAGGACAGCUCUGCCAGCCAGCUUACCACACAGGCAUUCCUGAUCAAGACAGCAUACUAUAAGAAUCUAGCAGCCUACGAGAUAUCGACUAUACACAAGCGCGAACCGCCGCCAAAAGAGAUCCUUGAGGACAUCACAGCCAAGGGAGGGGAUCUGCUGAACCGAACUGUUGAGAACUUCUACCGAGGCAGUCGUGAGGCCGAGAGACUGAGAAACGGAGAUUCAGACGAUUCAGACGCAGAGGGCGACGUCAAGAAAACACCAAACGCAGACAAGAUGGACGUAGACGAACCAGAGAGCACAGGGCGGGCAACGAGAUCAUUGCGCCAUGCGCCGCCACAGCGUGUUCUCUUCCAGCCAGAGAGCUCGACCAGGCAAACACGCCAGUCCACCGGCCAUCUGAACUCCCCACAGCUUAAUGGAUACGGUACGAGUGCGGCGGCUGUGGCCAUCGCGAACUACGAGCCACGAACGAACAUUCCUUUGGCACUGAAGCAAGUCAUAACACCGUCGAACAACUUGGACGCAUACGUUGCCUCGCGCAAGAAGUACAUCGUAAACAGGAAGAACAGGCCAGUACCCCUGAAGGGUAUGAUGUUGCCUGGCACUGGCUUCCCAGGACCAAACAUCUACAUCCGCGCACUGCACGCACUACGAUCGAAGGAACCAGAGGAGGAAGCAUACGCGCUUCAUCACCUUGUGAAGAUCUCCCACGAACGAGGCGACAAAUACCGUUUUGAUCAGUUCCCUGGGCUUGCUGAGGCACUCAUUGCGAAAGUCAUUGAUGUUGGGUCAUUGUUCUUUGAUGUCAGAUGGGACAUUUCCUAUGUCGAAGAAGAGUUUGAUCAGACGGAUGUGCUAAACGGUUUGACGGGCACUGAUGACUUGCUGAAGAAAAUUCGCGCACUUCAAACGUUAGACAUCGACGACGACCUACUGCCAGAAGAGAACGCGAAAGCCCUGAACAUGAUCAAUGAAGCGGCACUGAUCAUUCGCAAUAUGGUAAUGCUCAAAGAGAACGCUCUGUUUGCUUCCAUGAUUCCGGCCAUUCGAGACUUAAUCGUCAUUGUACUCAACCUCCCAAAACAUCCCACCGUGGUCGAAUUGCAGCACUACGCCCUCGAAAUAGCUGAGCAACUGACUAAGUACUGGAUCUUGGACUCACAAGACCCCGUCUACAGGUCUUUACUAACUCAAAUCGACACCGACGACCGCGGCAGGAUCAUCACCUCGCUGAGGGCUCUCGGCCGGAUAUCGAUGAAUCUGGAAGCCACAAACAAGCUUUCAGAUGUACCUGUAAAGACACUACAAUCGAUAUGCGACUGGCUACUUGUCGAGGACGAAGAUCUUAGGAUAGCGUGCUUGGACUUCCUCUACCUCUUCACAGGUUUCCCAGAUAACGUCGAGCUCCUUGCGCACGAAGUGAAUAUCGAAGGCGUCGUGGGUCAACUUGUACGGUUAUUGCAAUUCGGCGCCAUUGCUUAUGAAGAGAGGCGCAGCACACCGAAAUCGACCAAGUCCUCCACGCCCAACGACGCAGCGCCCAAACUCUCCUCUGCGAUCAUCGAUCACCUUGUGACACUCGAGGAGCCAGAGCGAAGCUCUCAAUGGCUCAAGACAUGUUUCGAGGAAGACCCAGCAGGCGAGGUAACCCAAAUCCAGCUCUGGUCGGCAUACAACGCGGCGUUCCAGGAGGCCAUGGCUGUCAAUCCGUCUGCUUUCAAAGCACUCAUGCCAGCCAAAGACUUCAUCACGAAUGUAUCUACAACCUUUGGCGGCGCAUCUGCGCAAGUGUUGACAGUUGGCGGCCAACCGAAGUACACGAUCAGAGGGAUAAGACCACGAUCUGUGCCAGUUGACCCCAGCACAAAGAAGCAAUACAUGCGCUGCUGCUGGAGAGCACCAAACACCAUCAACGGUCAACAAGGUCUGACACAGCAUACCAAUGGUGAGUGUGGUGAGUUCGCUUCAGGUGCACGAGCAAUGUGGGAACACAUUGUCGGCGCCCAUCUCAAGGUCCCUCGCGACCAAGAAACAGGCCAAUGGUUACUGGAGCCCAAACCAGACAUGCACAUGGAGAACGGCGACGCAAUCGCCGCCUCGGAACCACAAACCUACAACUGCCACUGGGCGAACUGCACCCACUUCUCCACCGACACAGACUCCGCCUUCCUCGCCGGUCAGCACGUCAAAACCCACCUCCCCGACACCUCAAUCAAACAAGCCAUCCACGCCCGCCACAACCGCGCUGCCGAAGACUCACGCCCCUCGACCUCCUCCGCCCAGCCCUCCAGUGCCGGCUAUAACAGCACCCUCGGCAGCGUCAUCCGCCACACACCCACCACCACUUCUGCCUCCCUCGCCCCCAAUUUCAGAUACUUCAACACCGCCACCGACGAAGCCAACGACGCCGCCGGCCUGCCCCUGUCCUCCGUCCUCGUUCUACGCAACCUCGCGCGGCAGCUGAACAAGAUCCCGCCGCCGCCGCAGAUCCUCGAGAUCCCAGACUCGCCGACCCACAAACGCACGUUCAGCGCCACGGAGCCAGGGAGCCCGAGUGCGCACCGUACGACAGGGGCGAAGAAACCGCGUCUCAGUGAUGCAGCGCGCCAGCAGGCGCGCGAAGAUGGCGAGAGAGAGGAGCAGGAGGCGAAGAAUGUGGGCUGGGUGCCGCGCGUGUUCGCCCCGGUGAGAGAGCAGUUGGCGUUUGUCGCGAGUCAUAAUCUUACGCUGAAGAAUUAUAUGGGGGGUUUGUUGAAGGCGGUUGCUGAUGGUGGGGCUUAGGAGGGCUCCGCUGGCGAUGGAGGAGAGAAGUGAGGAACGAUCACCGAGGACAAAACUGAUGACCGAUGAGAGCAGAGAGGCUCCGCGGCCCAUCAAUCUGAAACUCGUGGAGAUGUUUUGGUGCCUCAAAGAUUUCGAAGAGUUUGAGGCCAUGGAAAAGCGGGCUUGGCGCGACUGAGAUAUCUGGUAGCACGGCGUUCAAGGGUUCCCACGUUGCUCGAGUGGAGUUAUUCAACGUGAGCGGCACUGCUGUGUGAACAUGGGCUAUGUUCUGGAUAUUAUGUUAUACCUACCUCCAUAGAUCAAG